CACAGACGAGUCUCAGUCUACAUGGUGUCCUUCGUCUCAUACAACCUCCGACAGACGGAGGACGGGGCCAUGAGCUGCCCAGCCUAGGAAAGUCCCAUGUGGUGCUGUUUAAAUUGGGGGAACGGUCUUGCCAGAGACUUCUCAGCACCAUGGCCUCUGCAGUGCCGAGUAUCCUGGAGAGUAUUUUCCUCAAGCGAUCUCAACAGAAGCGGAAAACCUCGCCCCUCAACUACAAGAAGAGGUUAUUUGUACUCACCGAGAGCAAGAUCACCUAUUACGAAUAUGACUUCGAAAGAGGGCGUCGUGGAAGUAAAAAGGGGUUCGUCGACUUAGAGAAGGUGGGCUGUGUGGAAUGUGUAGAACCAGAAGAAAACCCACCACCAGAAAGGCAAAUACUGCACAGAGAUGAAUUUGCAGAUACCGAACAGAUCUCUAUCAUAGAGCGAUUUCCAUACCCAUUCCAGAUCGUGUAUGAUGACGGACCACUUUAUAUCUUCGCCCCAACGGAGGAUCUGCGAAGACGUUGGAUUAAUCAACUGAAACUUAUUGUCCGUUUUAAUAGUGACCUAGCUCAGAAAUUUCAUCCACGGUUUCACCAAGAUGGACAGUAUCUCUGCUGCGCCCAGACGGCAAAAAACGCAUUGGGGUGCCAUGUACUGCGCAAUGCGAACGGAGUUUUGAAGAGCGAGCAUUCACGCAGAUCCCAAAAGCCGCUUCCGCCCGCUCCAACCGAGGUGAAAUCUACAAAACCGCUCCCGCCUCCUCCGUCGGCCACCCCUCCGGCAACCUGCAAAGUUGUAGCGUUGUAUGACUUCACACCAAUCAGCAGCCAGGACCUGCCCUUGUGCAAGGGGGAAGAGUAUCUGCUAUUGGACGAAGGCAGCGGCCAACCGUGGCUGAGAGCAAGAAACAAAAACGGACAAGAGGGAUACAUACCCGGUAACUAUGUGACGGAAGCCCAGGAUACCCUGGAAAUCUAUGAAUGGUACUCCAAAAAUAUGACGAGGAGCCAGGCGGAGGAUCUUCUCCGAACAGAGGAUAAAGAAGGCGGCUUCAUCGUGAGAGACUCGAGCAAAGCGGGGAAGUACACCGUGUCCGUCUACGCCAAGUCCUCGGGGGAAGGAUUUAUCCGUCAUUACGUGGUGAUCGAGACCCCCGGACCCCAAUAUUAUCUGGCUGAGAAACACGUCUUUGACUCAAUCCCAGAACUGAUAACCUACCACCAAUACAAUGCCGCCGGUUUAAUAUCAAGACUAAAAUAUCCGGUCUGUUCCGUCAGAAGCGCCCCUUCUACUGCUGGCCUUGGCUAUGGCUCAUGGGAGAUCGACCCCAAGGAUCUGACCUUCUUGAAGGAGCUGGGUAACGGACAGUUUGGUGUGGUGAAGUAUGGGAAAUGGAGAGGACAGUACGAGGUGGCCAUCAAAAUGGUCAAAGAGGGCUGUAUGUCUGAAGACGAGUUCAUCAACGAAGCAAAAUGCAUGAUGAAGAUGUCUCAUGAACAUCUGGUUCAGUUAUAUGGAGUCUGCACCAAGCAGCGCCCGAUCUUCAUCAUCACGGAGUAUCUGUCCAAUGGCUGCCUCCUCACCUACCUCAAGGAGUUCCGUUCCCGUCUCAAUCCCGGGCACCUCCUCAACAUGUGCAGCGAUGUUUGCGGCGCAAUGAGUUAUCUGGAAUCCAAGCAAUUUCUACACCGGGAUUUGGCUGCCCGAAACUGUUUGGUUACUGAAGACGGCACAGUAAAAGUAUCGGAUUUUGGCCUCUCAAGGUACGUUCUAGACGAUGAAUAUACGAGUUCUCUGGGGUCGAAGUUCCCCGUUCGCUGGUCUCCGAUCGAGGUUCUUUUGUACAGCAAGUUCAGCAGUAAAUCCGAUGUCUGGUCAUUCGGCGUAUUAAUGUGGGAGGUGUUCACCUUCGGGAAGAUGCCGUACGAGAGAUUCAACAACAGUGAAAUCGUGGAGCAGAUAAUGAAAGGGGGGCGACUCUACCGACCUCAGCUGGCCACGGAGAGAGUCUACAAUGUGAUGCUCAGCUGCUGGACGGAGAAAGCGGAGGACAGACCGUCCUUCCGGAUGUUACACGGAGCAAUCUUAGAAAUCAUGGAAGAUCUGUGACAGGGAAGGACGUAUUAUGGACACACUGACAAUUCUAACCAGAAGGAACCCAUGAGAAGAAGAACCGGGGAUGUACAUUGACUUAUUGUGUGUAUAUAGAUAUAUAUAUAUAUUCCAUUUGGAGAUGAUUCAGUAAAACUGGAGGAGAAGAAAAACAGAAGAUUGGAGGAGAUCAGAAAAGUUUAGAGAUGAUCAGAGGAGAU